UGUCCUGCUCCCUCAGCCGCAAUGACUUUCUGGGUGGGGGGAACUUUCAUCUUUGAAUAUUUUGUUUUAGUCUCUCUAACAUAUCCUAGCAACUUGGGCGGAGAUGCAGUUUCAUCAAAUAUCCCCAUCACGUCCUGCCUUGAGCGCUCACGUAAAAGAAAUCCCUUCAUCCUCCCAGCCAAAGCCCUUUCCCAAAUCUCUCAGAAUGUCAAACGCAAGGACAGGAUGGAGAGGGAAUUUGGAAAUCUGUCUAGUUUACCUUCUUUCUUUCUUAUUUAUUUUAUUUGACUGCACCGGGUCUUAGUUGUGGCAUAUGGGAUCUAGUUCCCUGACUAGGGAUCAAACCCCAGGCCCCCUGCAUUGGGAGUGCGGUCUUAGCCUCUGGACCACCAGGGAAGUCCCUACCCUCUUUCUUUAAAAAAUAGGAAACUAGGGCUCAGAGAGGGUAAAUGACUUAUUAAGGUCACAUAGUAAGUCAGUAGCAGAGAGAUUAGAGAUAGACCAGGCUGUCAUGAUGCCAGACACAGGGAUAAGCUCAACGGAUUGACAAACUAGUCGUGUAAACCCUCUAGAAUACACAAGGUCACAUGCCGUUUUAUCAUCUUAGUUGCCUCCCUAUGCGUCUUCUCUCCCUUUCCCCCCACACCAGUGGGCCCCUGAGUAGACGGAUGGAGACAGAGAGGGUACAGGGCAGAGUCAGGGAGAAAAGCCAAAAGCAGGACCACUAAGAUGGACAGAGACUGUCUAUACCAUAAAUACUGUCUAUAGAGACACUGUCUAUACCAUAAAUGUAAAUAACGAGCAACCCAGGGGCUCUCAGACGUAUACUGGACAGCCGGAAGCCCAGAGUGGGAGGAAUUCAUGGACAAAAGGCUCAGCAGACAUAGAAGGCAGGAGCAGAGGGGAGGAAGCGGGAACUCAGAGAGGCGCUUUGGGAGAUCUGAGUCCUCCUAAGAGGAGAGUGGGAGCGUGCCUCUGUCUUUCCCAGCGGGCGCUCGUCUUUUCAUGUCAUCAUAGCUGAGGCUGCUGUGUGCUGGGCACCUUAGAAACAUUAUUUCCUUUCAUCCUUAUUAUGGCCCUCUGAAGUAGAUACUGCCUUACCCCAGUUUUAGGGGUGAAGACUUUGAUAGGUCACACGACUCACCCGAGAGUGCACAGCUUGGAAGUGGUAGAUUCCAGCGCAGUGGAUUCAGAGCUGGGUUCUGAACUUGCUCAUCCCACUGCCCCUGAACAGAUGAUUGUCUUGCCUGGUGCCCCUCUCCUCUCAUUACCCCUUCUCCGCCAAAGGAAUGGAAAGUUCUGUGGGCUGCAGCCACUGUGAAGGAGGGAUAGUUCAGGUGUUCACCCUCCUGCCCUGCCGUGGUCUCUCCUGAGAAUCAGAUGAGGUCCCCAGGCUGUGUCAGUCAUUCUCCACCCGCUGCAUCCCCAAGGGACGCAUACACCUCACCCCGCCAUGGUCAUAUUUCUAGGCAUACAAGGACCUUGGGAUAGGAGACCUGGGUCUCUCCCCUUCAGAGAAGGUCGAGAAUGGGGACUGACUCUGACCUGGGGGUUAGAUCCCAAACCCAGAAAGAGCCUGAGAGCCUGGAAGGAGAAUCCUCAGGCUCUUACUCACUCUCCCCCUCGCCCAGUGCUUCCUGGAACCAAGCUGGGAUAGGUUAAUCCCCUGGGGACAGCUGGGUGGCCUCUCCCUGGGAAUGAAGAUCCCGGAGUUGAUGGAGGCCCUGGCACACCUGGCUCUCCUGAGGCUCCUAAUAGGGCCUUAAAGCCUUUAAAGAGCCAGGGAGACGGUCCUGGAAGUGCAUCUCAGCGGGCACCAUGGCUGCUGCACGGGUGCUGCUCCUGGGCCUGCAGGCCUUCGCUGGCUACGCUCAGCUGAUCCCAUUGGGGACAGCUAACUCUGGAGGUCUCCCUACCGUCUCUGCUGGUCUCCCCACCAUCGAUGCAGGUCUCCCCACCAUCUCUGGGGAUGUCUCUGCUGGCCUCCCCACUGUCUCUGGGGAUGUCUCUGCUGGUCUUCCUACUAUCUCUGCAGGUCUCCCCACUGUCUCUGCUGGUCUCCCCACUGUCUCUGGGGAUGUCUCUGCUGGUCUCCCCACUGUCUCUGGGGAUGUCUCUGCAGGUCUCCCCACUGUCUCUGCUCGUCUCCCUACUGUCUCUGCAGGUCUCCCCACUGUCUCUGGGGAUGUCUCUGCAGGUCUCCCCACUGUCUCUGGGGAUGUCUCUGCUGGUCUCCCUACUAUCUCUGCAGGUCUCCCUACUAUCUCUGCAGGUCUCCCUACUGUCUCUGCUGGUCUCCCCACUGUCUCUGCUGGUCUCCCCACUGUCUCUGGGGAUGUCUCUGCUGGUCUCCCCACUGUCUCUGGGGAUGUCUCUGCAGGUCUCCCCACUGUCUCUGCUCGUCUCCCUACUGUCUCUGCUGGUCUCCCCACUGUCUCUGGGGAUGUCUCUGCAGGUCUCCCCACUGUCUCUGCUCGUCUCCCUACUGUCUCUGCAGGUCUCCCCACUGUCUCUGCUGGUCUCCCCACUGUCUCUGGGGAUGUCUCUGCUGGUCUUCCUACUAUCUCUGCAGGUCUCCCCACUGUCUCUGCUGGUCUCCCCACUGUCUCUGGGGAUGUCUCUGCUGGUCUCCCCAUUGUCUCUGGGGAUGUCUCUGCUGGUCUCCCUACUAUCUCUGCAGGUCUCCCUACUAUCUCUGCAGGUCUCCCUACUGUCUCUGCUGGUCUCCCCACUGUCUCUGCUGGUCUCCCCACUGUCUCUGGGGAUGUCUCUGCUGGUCUCCCCACUGUCUCUGGGGAUAUCUCUGCAGGUCUCCCUACUGUCUCUGCUGGUCUCCCUACUGUCUCUGCAGGUCUCCCCACUGUCUCUGGGGAUGUCUCUGCAGGUCUCCCCACUGUCUCUGCUGGUCUCCCCACUGUCUCUGGGGAUAUCUCUGCUGGUCUCCCCACUGUCUCUGUGAGUUUCUCUACAGUUUCUUCAACACCUGGGGCUUUGCCCAGUAAUCCUCAGACUUUAAGUCCAACCAUUUCUGGCAGCCCAUCAGGAGCAGCAUCAGCGUUGCCAGGAUCUGUCUCCCCAACAACAGCCCUUGGAACUGCUUUACCCGUGCCUGGGACUUCCACAGCAGGUGGGGCUGUCUCAGGCGGUUCCGCAGACACCACAGCUGGAGCGGCCACCGCCUCCUCUGGGCUCAGCGUCCCAACCAGCCCGAAGCCGCAAGAGAAGGGCUCUGUCCCCGACUGGGCCAUCGUGUUGAUCACUCUCUCUUUGGUGGCAGCAAUUGUCAGUCUACUGUAUGGUAUCAAAAAGGCCUGCGAGUUCCGGAAGGAGAUGAAUAUGGGGUGUGGUUGUGGCUCUGUGACCCAUUAUGGCUGCCAACACGAGGCCACCAGCCAGCGCUACUCCAUCAAGUGAAGGGGCGCAACCGGGAUCGCCUAUGCCCCUCUCCCGAUGGCCUUCCUCCUUCCUUCCCUGAGCAGACUCACUCAAGUCACUCAAGACUCUGAUGCAGUUUUCUCAUCUGUAGAAGGAAGGACCAGGGCACCAUGGUCUCCAGGGGUCUUCCAGCCUUCAUGGAAUCCCGAUCUGGGUAGUGGGAACCUCCUCUCCUCACUCUUUCUUCCUGUUCCCAUUCUCUUCCCCAACUAUCAGAGAACUUAGCUGAGGACACUUUGCUUGAGACCCCUGGCGAACAGGAUGGGGGUCCCCCUUUCUAUAAGGAGCCCCCUUGGGCUGGCUCCUGACCCUCUUGAGACCUUCAAUUCUCUCACCCCAGUACAGGUGAGGAACCCUGCUCUGUGACGCCCCCUGCUUAGACCACUCCAGGUGGGUGGUGGACACAACUCUUGCUAAAUAAAACAGUAGCGCUCCCCUGGUCUCCCAGCCACUGUGUAAUUAUCCAAGUGCUUUGCCGUCAGGCAGGCACCGACCAGGUCUGGUCUCUGCCUCUUACCAGAUGUGUGACCUUGGGCAUUUAAAUCACUUCCCUGAACCAAGCUUGUUUGUUCUCAAGCUGUAAAAUGAGGCUGACAUUGCUAACCUCAUAGGUUAUAACAAGGUAAGGUGCUCAGCACAUUUCUCUGUA